AUGGAAUGUGGUAGUACUAUUGAUGUGGGAGAGUUUGAAGAUAUUCUGGAGGAGUUCGAUGUGAAUAAGGAAUUAAUUACCCUCAUCAAUGAUCCAUUCUACACUGCUUUUCGAAAACUCCAGAAACAGUCAGAAAGAGAAUCGGAUACGAUUCCAAAACAUUCCGGAAAUUUCCAGACUUCAGAGCCUUCCAAUCCAGAAGCUUCAUCUCAGUAUCCCAGUAAUCUCUCGAUAGAUACAACCGACUAUAGAGCAAAGUUUCUGAAUGCAAAUGAGCACAAUUUGAGAGCUCAAAAAGAACGGGAUUUGGCAGUGAAGAAAGCAGCGAGGUUUGAGGAGAAGGCGAAAAAAUAUGAUGAAUUGGAGGUGAAAUUUAAAGAGAUGAAGAAGGAAAAGGAACAAUUAGAGAGAAAAAUAGCCACGCAAGUCAAACAUUCUGAAGAAAACUCACGACUUCGGGCAAAAAUCGCCAGUAGACAAGAUAUUGAGAAACAACUCAGAGCUUCGAGAAAUGAACAACAACAAAAAGCGGAAUCUCUAUUGGAAGAGAACACUCGUCUCAUGAAACAGUCAGAAGAAGACAACAUCAAGGUUGUCGAAAUGAAGAAAAAGUUAGAAGAGGCUAAAGGAAAAACGAGAGAAGUCAAUAAAGAAUGGUCCACUCGAAAUGAGGAAUUGAAUAAAGAAGUCGUGCGACUCAAUGGAGUGAUCAAGAAGAAGGAAGAGGAGAUUGCAGCCAAAGAAACGAGUAUCGGAAUUCUCCGGAAAACAAACAAUGGUAUCAUGAAGAUCAACAAAGAUCGCAAUAGAAAGAUUGAGAUUCUGGAGAGUCGAUUAUCUACUGCCAUGAGACAAUCCACUCCAGUGAAAUCUCCGUCAUCAGACACUCCAGGCUCUUCUGGUGAACAAGAAGAAUCACAAAAUCCAAGAAAGAAACUUGACGAACUUUGUAAAAUGAAGAAUUGA